AUACACCAUUAAAACCUCAUUAAAAAUACGACCAAUUGGUGUGAAUUUUUCGAGGUAAAUCAGUUCAUUGGUGGGUGCAAUGCACUUUUUCUGAAAAAUUAAACGUGCAAUUGUUGGAACGCAGCAGAAAUUGACUGAUUUGAGGCCCGGCCCAACCAUGAGGUUCCUGCUUCCACUGCUCGCGGUGGCAGUGAUUUUUCUGAUACCGCAAACCAUAAUUGCCCAAGGCUCGGACAACUUUGAGGAGAGCGAUUUUGCCGAAUUCGAAGACUUUGAUGAAGACGAGUUUGUAGUUGACGAAGCACAGCAAGCGCCGGGUGCCCCGCAGCCAUCCGGUACCGGUGGCCAAAGCGAUGGACGAGCUGGAAACGGCCAGCCAAAGCAUCAGCCAAAACCUGCCGCAGGUCCGGCCCCAACGCAGGACCAUGAGGACUUUAUGGAAAUCGAGGACGAUCGGGACGAUGAAGACGAAGCAAUCGUGGAGAGCGAAGACAACGAGUUCGAACAUUUCCAGGACGAGGAGGAGUUUGAGGGUUUCUCCAGCACAAUCGGCGAUCAGGAUGAACUGCGACAGGGAGACACGGUAGGGAAACAGACGGAACCGAAGUUAACGAUUCCGAAAGUACCGAUCCACUUCCGAACGCACUGGGACUCGUACUGGAUGGAGAUGCUCAUGUUGGCCGGACUGCUGGCCUAUUUCGCCAACUAUCUGGUAGGCAACAAGAAAAACUCUGCCAUCGCUAACCAGUGGCUGGCGAUACAUCGCACGCUGCUGGAAGACAAUUUUGUGCUGGUCGGUGACGAUGGCAAGAAAGAAACGGAAGGGUCGACCUUUAGCUUUAACAAAGAGAGCGAAAGUGUGUACACCCUGUGGUGCAGUGGACGGACCUGCUGCGAGGGUAUGUUGGUUGAGCUUAAAAUGAUCAAACGGCAAGAUCUGGUGUCGUUGAUUGCCGGCAUCAUGAAACCGGUACAGGAUCAGCUGCAUAUCAAAGUGGAGCUGUCGGCUGAUGCGUCGGAUAAUUUUGUGUUUUGCGUCGCCACCCGCAAACAGGCCACGAAGAUGUUCAAAGAGUUGAACGAUUUGAGUAAAUACUGUUGUCUAGUCAGUAAGGCCGAGGACAAGUACGGCGUUCCCGGGUUUUCACUGUUAUCGGAGAUUCCCGAAGCAUCCGCUAGUGUAUUAGAUGGUAGGGUAGUAGCAGCACUCAACAAGUACUCGCACCUGAUCGAUUAUGUUCACGUUUCGGAUCAGUUCAGUGGUCCGAUCCAGCAAGAGGAUCCGAACCAACUGAAGCGCCCGGAUGUGAAACGCAUCGUUUCGUGCGGCUUUAACGUGCCAGUUAAAGGCGAUUUGGAAGAGAUGAAACCACUGCUGAUACUCGUUCUCUACCUGAUGGAUCGUUUGCGACGAUUCAAACUUUCCAAGGAGGGAAAAGCCAAAUCGGACAAAAACCGAGCGAUGGUGGAGGAAGAAUUCAUGAAGAACACCCAUCAGGCCCGCGCCGAAGCAGCGGCCUUGCGUCGCGAAGAGAAACGUAAGGCUGAAAAGGAGAAGAUGCUGGCCGAGGAGGACCCAGAAAAGCAGCGGCGCUGGGAGAAAAAGGAGCAGAAGCGUCAACUCAAAAAACAAGCCCCCAAGAUGAAGCAGCUUUCGAUCAAAGCUCUGUAGUAAAGAG